CCCUCAACUUCACCGCGCACUACACCUGGCGCUGCCGCGGUCCCACGUGGUCAGAUCGCGGGCACCACCUCGGGGCGUCGCCGGUAGGGCUCUGCGUCCUCGGCUUGUGGCCCGCGUCCCUCCGGUCCCGCAGCCGCCGUCAGGUCGCCGGGCUCCGCCUGUUGCGCGGCCGGGGCUCGGCAAUCGGCCGGAAUCGGCUGGAAGAGGGCGCGUCGGGAGGCGGCUCCGCUCAGGGCAUCCCCGGGGCGUUUCCAGCCGGGAAGCCCUUCCUUCCUUCCUCGAGAGGAGGCGCUUUCCUGGCAGAUGCAGCUGCUCCUGGCCAGCGAUUGCCCUGGCUUGUUCCACUGGACGACGAGAUUCUUCUCCUCUUACUGACGCUAAAUGCCAGCACACAGCCUGCAUACCAGGACGGGGAGCCCGGUGGAGCCUUGUGCCUGAGGAUGGCCAUUCCACUGCGCAGGAUGAGGGCAGAGCGUGCAGCAUCACCACCAGGGCGCAGCGGGACCUUCCACAUCUCCCUUUCUGGCCAGCACGCUGCUGCCUGUGUCCAUCAUGGUGUUUGGUGAGUUUUUCCGUCACCCUGGACAAGACGAGGAACUGGUCAACCUGAACGUGGGGGGCUUUAAGCAGUCUGUGGACCAGAGGACCCUGCUGCGGUUCCCUCACACCCGCCUGGGAAAGCUGCUCACCUGCCACUCGGAAGAAGCAAUUCUGGAGCUGUGUGAUGACUACAGUGUGGCUGACAAAGAGUACUACUUCGAUCGGAACCCGUCCUUGUUCAGAUAUGUGUUGAAUUUUUAUUACACGGGGAAGCUGCAUGUCAUGGAGGAGUUGUGCGUGUUCUCAUUCUCCCAGGAGAUCGAGUACUGGGGCAUCAACGAGCUGUUCAUCGACUCCUGCUGCAGCAGUCGCUACCAGGAACGCAAGGAGGAGAGCCAGGACAAAGACUGGGAGCAGAGAAGCAAUGAUGUGAGCACUGAUUCCUCCUUUGAAGAGUCUUCUCUCUUUGAGAAGGAGCUGGAGAAGUUUGACCGGAUGAGAUUUGGUCAGCUCCGGAAGAAAAUCUGGAUUCGGAUGGAGAACCCAGCGUACUGCCUGUCUGCCAAGCUGAUUGCCGUCUCAUCGCUGAGUGUGGUGCUGGCCUCCAUUGUGGCCAUGUGUGUGCACAGCAUGGCCGAGUUCCAGAACGAGGACGGAGAGGUUGAUGACCCUGUGCUGGAAGGCGUUGAGAUUGCGUGCAUUGCCUGGUUCACAGGGGAGCUUGCCAUCCGGUUGGCGGCUGCUCCCUGCCAGAAGAAGUUCUGGAAGAAUCCUCUGAACAUCAUCGACUUUGUCUCUAUCAUUCCCUUCUAUGCCACGCUGGCGGUGGACACCAAGGAGGAGGAGAGCGAGGACAUUGAGAACAUGGGCAAGGUGGUCCAGAUUCUGCGGCUCAUGCGGAUUUUCCGCAUUUUGAAGCUUGCCCGGCACUCAGUAGGACUGCGGUCUCUUGGGGCCACGCUGAGACACAGCUACCAUGAGGUUGGGCUCCUGCUCCUUUUCCUGUCUGUUGGUAUCUCCAUCUUCUCUGUGCUUAUCUACUCUGUGGAGAAAGAUGACCUUGCAUCCAGCCUCACCAGCAUUCCCAUCUGUUGGUGGUGGGCCACAAUCAGCAUGACAACUGUGGGCUAUGGGGACACCCACCCCGUCACCUUGGCAGGGAAGAUCAUUGCGAGCACCUGCAUCAUCUGUGGCAUACUGGUGGUGGCUCUGCCUAUCACCAUCAUCUUUAACAAGUUUUCUAAGUAUUACCAGAAGCAAAAGGACAUGGAUGUGGACCAGUGCAGUGAGGAGCCCCUGGAGAAGUGUCAGGAGCUACCUUACUUUAAUAUCCGGGAUAUUUAUGCACAGAAGGUCCACGCCUUCCUUGCCAGCCUGUCUUCAGUUGGCAUCGUGGUGAGCGAUCCUGACUCCACAGAUUCCUCCAGCAUGGAUGGCAACGGGGAUGCUUAUAAAACAGCAUCCUUGGAGAAUUGCACAGUACCGUGAGCAGGGGCUUCUGUGCCUCUACUUGUGUCCUUUCCCAACAUUAGGUUAACACAGCUUUAUAAACCUCAGUGGUUUGUUAAAAUCAUUUACUUCUCAGGGUGUAACUUCUAGCCAUAGUUGGACAAUCACUGCUGAAUUUUGAGAUGAUAGAAUUAUCUUUAUUUUUUAUCAGGGAGGUCAAUUAAAUGCCUUGUUCUGAAAUUUAUUUUUUACAGAGAGAGUUGUGAUAUGGUUUUGGAAAAAAAAAUAGUCUAUGGCAUUGGGUGGGAUUUGUGGCUGCAGCUUACGCCUCAUUCUGCAUUGUCAUUUACUCACAUUGAGCUAACUGUAAAACCUGACCAGGCAGACCAGAGCCAGCUGAUAAAGACACAUGCAUGUAAGAUCCGCACAGUAAGGCGGUGCAUGUAAAUCCAUAGCUGUGCUCUACACAUGGAAAUCAGGAGCCUAAUAAACUUCCCAAUUCAGUAUG